CCUCAUAAAAUCUGCUGAUGGAGAAUGUCUCUCGUAGUGCCUGUUUAGUCAGGGACAGAGUGAAGCUUGGGUGUGCUAGAAAGUGUAGUUUGCUAGCAGCUUUGGCUAGCUAUAGACACUGCUAACACAUAAGCAGCUAUGGCUUUCAUGCUUGGCUUUGGAGUGGCCUUGAUUCUGUCCAUGUGGGCAACAGUUGGGUGUGAUGUCCUAGUGCAAGGAGUCCUUCAAAUGGAGUGUCGUGAACAUUAUUUCAUGGUAGCUAUUGAUCUUGCUGUCACUGGGCCAAAUCCACAAUUUGAAGCAGUUGAUAUGACAGGUGUGCACACCCUGACUGAGAAGUAUGCGGCAGAGUGUGGCUACAGCAUCAACAUCCUCUCCUUUCUGGGUCUUGUAGAACUCAGAGCAUCUUACUUCAGCUGUCACACUGAAAAAAAUAAUGAAAAGUUUGUGUUCAAUUUUAACGUCAACACAUCCAUUGAUGGAAAGGCGGUGACAAAAACACUGAAUGCAACCUGUUCUCCUCCUCUUCCUUGGGCUCCCAGAGAGGUUUCCUGUGAGGUCAACUACAUGGAAGUAUCUGUGCAGUACGAGUCUGCUUGUCCUCACCAGUUAAGUGAGGACUGGGGCUCAGUCAGACCUGCGUACAGCACUUCACCAUCAGAAUGGCAAGUAACAUUUCAAAAACUAGAUGUUGUUUUGGGCCCUAUGAACUUCACGGAGGCUCGAAAGCAGGGUUAUCUGUUGGCGCUGACAAAUGGACGAUUUGUGUUUCGGACACCUUAUGGGCAACCCGACUCGUACAUCACUAAGGACAAUGGUGUUCAAGUAGAAGUUGUCCAUGCAAGCAUAUUUUCCAGACGAGGCUGGUUUGUCAUCAUAGUCGACCUGGUUGCUGCUUGUUCCACGGAUCAAGGAAUGUCGUCUGAUGGCUACAUGAUGUGGGAUACUCCUGAAGCAUUGUACUCCAGUGUCGGCACCACACAGCUCAGCAUUGGCCUAAAUGGUGACCUUGUAGAACAAGAAAAUGCAAAGCAGAAGGGUUUCAUUGUUGAGAAGAGCAACAACACUGUCCAUAUAGGCAUCCCCUACAAUGCUGUAGGAGGGUACAGGAAGACCUUUGUGGGCGGUGGCAUUUUUGAGUUUCGCAUCUUCCUAAUGUACUUGAAGCAAGUCUCAGUGGAUGACUACCAAAGGAAGACGGUUAUCAGGUUUCAUAGAACUUUAGUCACUCCCCUCAUACCUUACCCACUGGUCACAGAGGAUCAGACUGUCCUGCAAGAAGGAAUGUUCACCAUGUUUCUUGGCAAUGUCCCUGAUGACAUGGAGUUGACAUCUAUCCAGCUCAAUGGGCAGCAGUUCAAGCUGCCCUUACCUAGUGACAGCACAUUCAUGAUCACAGAAGAAGCCCAACCUGACAACACCUAUAGCUACACCCUGAAGAUGCUCUUCAGUGACCCACUGGUUGUGCAGGAGUUCUCCAAAGAACAUGCAGCCAUGUUGCAUCAACUGAACAUAAACUACACACUGACAGUACCAGGGAGUGAGCCUUACUACUACACAACCUCAGUCACAGCACUGCUGGAUGUCUCACCCCCAGUGUUUGAAGCCAACUGCACAGCUUCAGGCAUCACUUUCAUGCUGGUCCAUCAACCCUCCGACUACCUGUGGGAGUUCAGCAUCGGCACAGAUCUACUGACCUUGGAGCUGGUGACGAGGCGUGGCUACACCAUGAGCAAUGACAGUCAGACUCUGGUGCUUACUGCUCCACUCUUUACUCAUGGCUAUGACUACAGGGAUGUUUCUUUGAGAGGAUUCUACGGCAUAUUUGAGAUCCUGGUGAGAGAUGGUGAUACGUCAAGGGUCCGGGCUUCAACCAUGAAGACGUGCUUCUUUAAACCUAGAGAGUACAUCAUGUGUUCUACUGAUGGGAUGAUGACUGUGGCUGCUGACUUGUCUGGGGUCAUUCCAAGUGGCCAGAUGCCGGUCAACUUCCACCUCUACAACAAACUUUGUGUACCCAAUGAAGUCAACGGUACCAGGGUGCUCUUCUCUUUUCCAGUCAAUAGCUGUGGAUCUGUUGUUAAGCUGAGGGGAAAUGUGACUUACAAAAACAAGAUAUUUUACAGGCCCAAGCAGAACAAAUUGCGCUCCCGUGACAACAAUGAAGGGGUCACAGUGGAGUGUACAUAUUCCAUUAACAGCCUCAGUCGCCUUUUCUCCGUGUUCAAAUUUGAAUCUGACACAGAGGGUGUUGGUAACAUCAUCCACAGUGUGCAGACCACUCCAGCUGUAACAACCACAGCUGCUCCACUGCAGAUCAGAAUGCCCAUCUAUCUGCCAGCUUACCAAGGAAAUCAGUACAUCAGUGGGAUUUAUGAUCUAGCUGGUAGUUUCAGAAAAGGUAAAGGAUCCAGGCAAGGAAAGAAAAAUAUUCUUUAAAGAAAGUUUGUCUUAUGUUCUUAACCAAUAAAGUUCUUAAAUGAAAAAUC